ACUCUGCGUAAAUGACGUUUGACGUUUUCUAACGGUAACCUCUAAAAUUAGAGUUGAUACGCGGAAAACCAAAGAUCAACGCCUUAAUUCUGCUACGUUAUAAUUGAUUGAAAUAUUUGUAUUAGCCCUAAAUAUAUUUAAUGAACUAGUUUUUGUGGAAGUAGGGUGGCACCUGUUAUGAUACACCAAUUCGAAUAAGUACAAAAAAUGGCGUUCAACUUUCCUGCAUUAUCUUACAUUAUUGCAUUAAUAGUCGAUGCUUUUUUAAUAUUCUUUUCUUUAUUCCACGUAAUUGCAUUUGAUGAAUUAAAAACCGACUAUAAGAAUCCAAUUGAUCAGUGUAAUAGCCUAAAUCCACUGGUGGUUCCAGAAUAUCUCCUUCAUAUUUUUGUCAACAUACUUUUUGCUGCAGCAGGAGAAUGGUUUUCGUUGCUUUUAAAUAUACCAUUAAUUAUUUACCAUAUCAAUAGAUACAGAACAAGACCAGUAAUGUCAGGAUUAGGAAUUUAUGAUCCAACUAGUAUUAUGAAUGCAGAUGUUUUGACUAGAUGUCAAAGGGAAGGGUGGAUUAAACUUGCUUUUUAUUUAUUAUCCUUCUUUUACUAUCUAUAUGGAAUGAUUUACUGUUUAAUCUCGGCGUAAGUUCUUGCCCCCGCCAAAGAAUUAUGAAGGACAAAACAGUAAAUAGAAAUACAUAGUAGGCAGUAAAAUUUGGUAGCAAAAAGGGAUUUCGGUUCUGAUUAGGGUGUAUGUAAACAUUGAAUGUGAUGCAUUCAACAUAGUAAAAGAACCGAUUUUCUUUUUUGUGCUUUAUUUCUUCAAUAAUUGAUACAUUUUUGUUAUGAAAUCUUUUUUGAUGAGAUUUAAUUAUUAUUAAUUAUUAAUUAACUCCUCAAAAUAGAUUUGCUAUAUUAUGAAUAUUUUGUUGUUUAUGUUCAUAAAGAUAAAUAAAAGGUUAUUAAUUAUC